CGUUCAUGUCAUCUUUGUACAGCGUACUCAAUGCACGGUUCGCUUAGAUUUACUGUAUACUAAUUGUUGCCCAUUUUACCUUUACUCAUAUGCUUGCUUUUCUCAAGCCUCAGUCAGUACCGAAGGGCAGAGGGUACUGAAAGUUUCUGAAAAGAUGUCCAACGCGUCACAACACGUUACCGUAUAAAUACAUCGCGUCAUUCCUCCAGAUUCCUUUGGCUCCCUCCAUCAUCACCUUUUAUUUCUUCAGUCAACGACUCAGCGACGCUAGCUCUUUUCAUCACGAAUAUUCACUCAUAAUGGCUUCUGAUGCAGUGAAAAAGGUCCAACAAAAAUUAUUCAGAGGAGGUAAUAUUUCUAAUGAUGAUGGCCUUCCUCGCUCCGAGCCGGCGUUGACUAUCAACAUUCCUGCUGUCCCUUCGACGCCGAAGCCACCUGCCGCUGCUCCUCCGAAGUCUACAAAAGUAUCUGAUCCAUCACCUGACGACGAUGAGCUUGAUGCUCGUCAACAGCAAGACGAUCGCUCUUACCGUGAACGCCUUGCGUCUCGGAUUGGCGCUGAUUAUAAAGGCGUAGAGCGAUAUCGCCUUGAACAGGACGAGCGACGUGAAAGACACUGGAAACGUUGGGGCCCUUAUCUUAGUGACCGUCAAUGGGCCACGGUACGUGAAGAUUACUCGGCCAACGGAGAUGCCUGGAGUCAUUUUCCUCAUGAACACGCGCGAUCUCGUGCUUACCGUUGGGGCGAAGACGGUAUUGCUGGAAUUUCCGACAAUCAUCAACGUCUUUGUUUCUCCCUCUCUCUUUGGAAUGGCAAGGAUCCCAUUCUCAAGGAGCGCCUGUUUGGUGUCACUGGACAUCAAGGCAAUCACGGCGAGGACGUUAAAGAGCUCUACUACUACCUUGACUCGACUCCUUCCCACUCGUACAUGAAAUUCCUUUACAAAUACCCUCAACGUCGCUACCCGUACGAAGAACUGGUUACUGAGAACCAGAAUCGUAGUCGUGACGUUGCCGAAUAUGAGAUUCUCGACUCAGACGCGUUCGAUGAAGAUAGGUACUGGGAUGUCUUCGUGGAGUACGCCAAGGACGAAGACGAACCAGAUAAUGUCUAUAUCAGGAUUACUGCCUAUAAUCGAGGGCCUGAUCCUGCAACUCUCCAUAUCAUCCCCCAACUGUGGUUCCCGAACACUUGGUCAUGGCCCUUAGAAAAGCCUCCCAUGCCUUCCUUGACUGCCCAUAAUCGCAGCGGCAUCAAUUAUAUCACCGCCAAACAUCCAGACCAACCUAAAACCCACCUUUAUUGUCUUCCUUCUCCCCCACCGGUUGGUCCAGAUGGCAACUUUGACGUUGAUCCCGAGACAGAAGCCGUUGAACCAGAAUUGCUAUUUACCGAGAACAACACCAACUUUAGUCGCCUUUACGGAGGUCAGAAUGAAACGCCCUACGUCAAAGACGCUUUCCACGACCAUAUUAUUCCUUCUCAUCGCCCUCCCCCACCUGAGGGUGAUGAAGACUUCUUCUCACAUAAGAUCCGCUCUCGAGCUCGUGUCUACUCUACUGCUGGCUCCGAAGUCGACGAUGACGAAGUAGAGGAAGGUCCUUGCACACCUUUUCCAUCUGGACCUGAUUUUGUGAACCCGAACAAGACCGGGACUAAGUCUGCUGCUCAUUACAUUUUCAAAGAUGUACCCGGCCAAGGGGGCUGCUCUGUUGUCCGUCUCAAACUUACGCCUCUCUCUGUGAAAAAGGACCUUAGCAUUGAGGACGAAGGUAUCUUUGAUGAUGCUGUUGAAGCUCGUCGUCAGGAAGCAGAUGAAUUUUACAACUCCCUCGUCUUUGGGCCUAUCAGCGAUGAUUUCAAACAAAUCAUGCGACAAGCGUUGGGAGGGAUGCUCUGGACGAAACAGUACUACAAGUUCAUUCAGAAGGAAUGGUUGGAGGGUGAUCCUGCUCAACCUCCUCCUCCUCCCGAACGCAAGUUCAUCAGAAACCGGGAUUGGCGCCACAUGCAUGUUGCGGACGUAUUAUCCAUGCCCGACAAAUGGGAGUAUCCGUUCUUCGCUGCAUGGGACACUGCUUUCCAUUGCAUUCCUCUUGCAGUCGUUGACCCUGCAUAUGCUAAGAAACAGCUGGAUCUCAUGACUAGGGAGUGGUACAUGAAGCCCGACGGUCAACUUCCCGCCUACGAGUGGAACUUUGGCGAUGUGAACCCACCUGUACACGCCUGGGCCACUUUCCGAGUCUUCAAAAUUGAACGCAAACUUUAUGGCCGCGAAGACCUUGAAUUCUUGGAAAGGGUAUUCCAAAAGCUUCUAUUGAAUUUCACCUGGUGGGUCAAUCGAAAAGACGCUGAAGGGAGCAACGUCUUCGAAGGUGGUUUCCUAGGGCUGGACAAUAUCGGCCUUUUUAACCGUUCUGAACCUCUUCCGACCGGAGGAAACUUGCGUCAAGCAGAUGGUACCGCUUGGAUGGCUUUCUAUUGUCUGAACAUGCUUAAUAUUGCACUCGAACUCGCUAAACACAACCACGUGUAUGAAGAUAUCGCUUCCAAGUUUUUUGAGCACUUCCUUUUCAUUUCUGAUGCUAUGACAUACAAAGCUGGUGAUAACGAAUCGAGUUUGUGGAACGAAGAAGACGGAAUGUACUACGAUGCGAUUUCAUUUGGUCCCGGCAACACCAUGCAGUUGCCUGUUCGCAGUCUCGUCGGCUUAAUUCCUCUAUAUGCGACAAUGGUCUUGGAGCCUUCGGUUCUGAAACGCUUGCCCGGAUUCAAGAAACGUAUGGAAUGGUUCAUUGACAAUCGACCGGGGGUUUCGGACAGGAACAUCGCCAAUAUGAAAGUCGGAGGAAGGGAUCAGCGUCGAUUGUUGGCGCUGGCCAGCAAAGAACGUCUAGUCAGUAUCUUGCAGAAGAUGCUUGAUGAAGACGAAUUUUUCAGCGAACAUGGAAUUCGAUCAUUGUCGAAAAAGCACAAGGACGAGCCGUGGGGCAUGGAUGUGCACGGUCAACGAUACGAAGUCAACUAUUGGCCUGGAGAUUCAAAGUCGGGCAUGUUCGGUGGAAACUCGAACUGGAGAGGACCUAUUUGGCUCGCGACCAACUUUUUGCUCAUCGAAAGUCUUCAGCGUUUCUACCAGUACUAUGGUGACGAGCUACAGGUUGAAUGUCCCACUGGAAGCGGAGAUUACAUGAACCUCGUUGCUGUUGCGGAGGAAAUUCAACACCGUAUUAUCCAUAUUUUCGGCAGAGAUAUGCAAGGUCGUCGUGCCACGAACGGUGGUAAUCCCAAGUUGGAUCAUGACCCUCAUUUCCGUGACUACGUAUGGUUCUAUGAGUUCUUCCACGCUGAUGACGGUCGUGGUCUGGGAGCGUCGCAUCAAACUGGGUGGUCUGGCUUGGUUGCGUAUCAUAUAUUGCAAAGUGGUGUCAGUUGCCGACUUCCUAAAACACCCCGAACCCCUCGUAGUACAGCAAACCACUAUUUCGAUGAAACUAUCGACUCGCAGUCUGAAUUUGGGGAUGAUAAUCGUUCUGCCUUUAGCAUGAUGAGCGCUUAUGACCGCAACACUCUGGGGGAUAUCUCUCCCGAUGCACUUUAGUUGAUUGUUAUGACGGGUUUUUUAGUUUUCGAAAUGUUGUUGUAGAGCUCCAAGUAUACUGUUACUACUGUAAUUUUGAUACCAGAUCCGCUGAAUGUAGACUAUAGUCCAAUAGAACGCUGGUAUAUUAUUUUGCUUGCACCAAGUACAGUCUUGCGGACUUGGUCAACUGGCAAGGAUUGUAUCGGCAUUUUUCUACGUCGCAUCAAGACUCCGUUGACUAGUUUUCGACUUGGGCAGACCUGGGCAGACUGGUUUGUUGCUGAUCACGCUCAGCAAUUAUUUGACACAGGUUGCAUAUGUUUUAGCCACAGUAUCAUUCCGAUAGGUCACAGCGGAUACCAGGCGGAUACUAAGGUCCAUUCACUUCUAUUCACGUUCUGCUCAUCUGCAUAUG